AAACUUAUCAUUACCAUCACUCUCCCUUAUCGUUACUUCACUUCUCUCAGUUGGGCUUUCGCCAAAUGAAUAUUAUUUCUUCUACUCCCUACAACGCGCUGGAGUGAACCUCCAAGACUGAAUUUUUGCUUCCUUUUCCUCAAACCUAGUUGGGAAACAACCUACAGGCAAUCGAGGGCAUGACUGCCAACUCAAAUCUAUCCAGGGUCUCGGACAUCCUUGGUGCACUGCAAGACAUCCUGGCACGUUCAGAAGUGACAAUUCCGAACCUUGAAAGUCCAUAUUCCAGAUUUCCUAAUACCGAUCAGUCUACCCCACACAAAGAAAAGAGUAUUGGCGCCAUCAUAACCGAACGCCAACAGCAGUUGGAUACAGUUCUGCACGAGAUCUCGGGCUUGGAGAGCGUCAUGGAUAGUAUCAAAAAUCUUGAGCAGCAACUGCUCGCAAAGAAGAACAAGAUCACGCAAUCGAUGAUUUUGCACAAGGGGCUCAUAUCGGGUCUCUGGCGCUUGCCAAUCGAAGUCCUGUCCCAAAUUUUUCACCUCUGUCUCCCAGGGAUCGAUGAAUUGGAACCACCGUCAGGGCUAGACCCUCCCGUGCUGUUGACGGGAGUAUGUCAACGAUGGAGGGCGGUCACUGUGGCCACACCCAGUUUGUGGUGCAGGCCAUCAUUGUUGUUCUGUCCCGGAGACCAGUGGGAGCGGCAAGCCUUUUGCUAUGACUCAUGGCUCAAGCGAUCACAAGGACGUCCACUCUCGUUAACACUCUGCUGGAAUGACUGCCCAUAUGACACGGACAAGAUACGAAUCCUUCUUCAGCCUUACGUCAAUCAAGUAUCGUCUGUUUGCAUCCAUUUUUGCGAAGAGGAUCAACAUGGACUUCUGUGGGACAAUUUUCCAGCACUUCGUGAGCUAACUAUUGUCACAUCGGAUCUGACGGCUCUUCGACGAUCCAUCUCACAACCGCCGUUGACUGUGACCAGUCUCAAGUUCAUAGGGUCAUGUUUCACCCACCAAAUGUUAUCUUCAUACAAUCCCACAUGGACGCACCUGACAAAUGUCGUGAUGGAGGCCCUUGAACCAAUCGUGGUUUUCAACUUGCUUACGCUUUGUCCCAACCUUUCCUCGUUAAUGAUUGGGAUAAUGUUCAGCAACUUCCAGGCCCUUUCCGCAACUCACGCACAACAACCUUCGAUCCUUAUCCGUCGCCUUUAAGCACACAGACUCAUUAUUGAAUCUGUUCAAAGCUCUCACACUCCCCAAUCUGCGCGUGCUUGAAACCAACUCUUCAAAGGAGACAGAACCAUGGCCUCAUGAAGAGUUCAAGGCAUUUUUGGCGCUGUCGAUGUGCCUCCUGGAGAGCUUAGUUGUAGGCGCUCGGGUGACUACAACAGAUGAGCAACGAGCGGAGUACAUUGAUCUUAUUCCUUCCCUUAAAGUAGUAGUAGAUCCUAGUUGGCCUAAUUACUAUGACUUGUAGUACUUGUUACGCAGUACAUCUUUAUUUGCUUAUUUAUGCAACCGUCUCAUCUGCGACUACGUGCAUAUAGAUAUCAAAAGCCAACUUCG